AUGUGGCCUCAGCUCACCAACCUUCUCCUCCUAAUUCUCGCCGCACCGAGUCUGGCAGCUCCUUACCGCGGUCUGCCCACCAUUCCCUUCAUCAUCCCAGGGGGGCAUCCACCAGAUCGAGUUAUUCCAACGAGCACGGCUCCAGAAGCGAUCCCAACUUCUGUCGUGCCUCUCCCGGGCUUCAACCAUCUCGCGCAGAACAAGACGCAGGCCGUUACCAAGAGCCCCGAUAGCAGUGACGCUUUCUCGGGCACGUGCGUGCAGGUCACGCUCGGCGGCCACGGGAAAAUCGGCAUGACGACGCUGGAGGGACGAUGUGUUGACGAUGCGGGCAUGUGGUGGGAUACGAGCCUGAAUCUGAACUCGUGUGUUGGCAAUGUUGGAGGUCGUUUGGUGUAUGAGGAAAACGGUGGCUUUGAUGCUACUUGCAGACCAUGCACGCUGGACUACAUUCACGACUCGGGCAGCGUGCUUCUCAAAUGCAACUGUCUGGAUCAAGUGAGGUUUCCCAGGUACACUGCUUUAGAGAUGGGACCUGGUGUUUCGAAUCUAUUCGCAGUCAGGCCAGUUAACGGGCGACUCAUUUGCGGCAACCAUGUGGGAAUGCAAAGCCCGACUUUUUUUGCUUAG